AUGUUGGGGUUCCUCCCAUACUUUGUCCUGCUCGUCUCGUUCGUCGCCAUCCGGGAGGAGCAGAAAUUGAAAUGGAAGGACGAUGAUGGCUUGGAAGUCAAGAUCAUCAAGCCCGAUCAAGGCAGAGGGUGCAAGCUGAAGUCACAGGAAGGCGACUGCCCACUCGAGCAGUACUACCGAUUGACCGACAAGGAGGGAAGGAAAUUGGAAGCAAUUUCGGAAAGAAGCCAUACACAUUUACCCUCGGAAAAGGGCGGGUUAUUGCCGAUAUGGAGCGAGCUCUCAGAUUCGGAAACAAGGGAAGUGAACGCGACAAGCGUCGUUGAGGACCAGACCCUCUACUACACCGUUCAGCUCGUCGAUCUCUUCCGCCCUAACCCCGGUGAGAAGUGGACCGAUGAGGAUGGACUCGUUAUUGAGACGGAACAGUCGUUGACUCGUCGUGGUCUCGUGAUGCCGCCUUCAUCUUCCGUCUCGGAAACAAUGAAGAUUAUCAAGGGAAUGGAUAGGGCCAUGACUGCCAUGUGCGAGGGAGAGAGGAGAAAGGUCAUCAUCCCCUACGAACUAGGCUACGGAGAGGAGGGACGCCCAAUA